UGCCUUACAAGCAAGCUCCAUCCUCACUUUUCAAUUUGCUCCGUUCGACAUGGCCAUUGCUUUGGAUAUUGACACUGGUUCGCUCGGGUUCCCCCGCAUGGGCCCCAACCGUGAGCUCAAGUUUGCCCUGGAAAAGUUCUGGCGAGGCGCCGUGGACGAAGCGCAGCUCCGUUCCGUGGCCGAAAAGGUCGAGACCCAAAACUGGACCACUCAGCAAGCGCGUGGCAUCGACCGCGUCGCCGUGGGCAUGUUCUCGUUCUACGACCACGUGCUGGACUGGACGUCUUACUUGGGCACGGAGCCCCAGCGCUUCCAAAAGAUCAACAACGGGUUGGACCGGUACUUCGCCAUGGCUCGCGGCGUCGAUGGCAUCCCUGCGUUGGACAUGACCAAGUGGUUCGACUCCAACUACCACUACGAAGUCCCCGAGUUGAACGUGCACACGUCGCCCAAGGCCAACUUUGGCGCGUUCCUCGCCACGGUCAAGCGCGCGCAAGGCGUGUUGGGUGUCGACAAGGCUGUACCGGUGAUUCUCGGCCCCCUCACCUACCUCGCGUUGGCCAAGUACGACCAAACGACCACGCUCGCCCAAGUGUUGGUCAAGAUCUUGCCGCUCUACACGCAGUUGUUGGCUGAAUUGGCCGCAUUGGGCGUGAAGGAAGUGCAAGUACACGAACCUUCUCUCGUCGGCGCGCACGCCCAUGCGUUGUUGCCGCACUUGGUGUCUGUCUACGGCUCCAAGGAUGCCUCGGGUGCACUGACCCACGACACUGUGUCUCUGCACUUGGUCACGUACUUUGAAGCGAUCGACGAAGACGUGUACAAGUGGUUCAUCGACUCGAAGAUUGCCGCGUUGUCGUUGGACUUCACCCGUGGCGAUAACUUGAGCGUGUUGGAAAAGUAUGGUUUUCCGUCUGGCAAGCGGUUGGGUGCUGGGGUUGUGGACGGCCGCGGCAUUUGGAAGAUCUCGCCGGCGUUGAUCCCGGUGAUCAAGUCGAUUGUGGCCGUCGUAUCUAAGAACUCGAACGCGGCGCUCACGAUCCAGCCCAGCUCGUCGCUCCAACACGUGCCGUACACGACCAAGGCUGAAGUAAACUUCCAAAAGGACCUCUCGGCCCUCUUUGGCGUGCUUAGCUACGCCUUUGAAAAGCUGGACGAAGUGGCGUUGAUUGCCAAGGCCGUCCAGACCAACACGUUGGAUGCGGCGUUCGAGUCCGUUGCUUCGGCGUGGGCCACCUACUACAAGGAGAACCCUGCCAAGGCGACUGUCCAAUCCCGUGUGGCCAACGUGACCGAGGCCGACUUGAAGCGCCCGUCCGAGUUUGCCGUGCGCCGCCCCCUCCAAAUGACCACAUGCCCCCUCUUGCCCACGACCACGAUCGGGUCGUUCCCCCAAACCCCCCAGAUCCGCGCCCUUCGCUCGCAACUCAAGACGGGCAAGAUCACCCAAGCGUACUACGAAGCGCAAAUCGAUGCCCAAAUCGCCUACAACGUUGGCGUUCAAGACGCCCUUGGCCUCGAUAUUCUCGUGCACGGCGAACCCGAACGCACCGACAUGGUCGAGUUCUUUGCCGAAAAGCUGAACGGAUUUGCGUUCUCCCAGAACGGAUGGGUGCAGUCGUACGGUUCCCGCUGCGUGCGCCCCCCGGUGAUCUACGCCGACUUGGAGCGCCCCGUGGACAUGACUGUGCGCGAGUUCUUGGUCGCUCAAGGGUUCUCUGUCAACAAGCCCGUCAAGGGCAUGUUGACAGGCCCCGUUACCAUCUUGAACUGGUCGUUCCCUCGUUUGGAUAUUUCGCGCAAGGAUCAGGCCUACCAGUUGGCGCUAUGCUUACGCGACGAAGUGGCUGCAUUGGAAGCAGCUGGUUGCUCCAUUAUCCAAGUGGAUGAGCCGGCGCUGCGUGAAGGCAUGCCGUUGAAGCCGUCCAAGAAGGACGCGUACCUUCGCUGGGCCGUGGACGCAUUCCGCCUGUCGACGGCGGUGGCGGCCAAUCCCACGUCCAUUCACACGCACAUGUGCUACUGCGAGUUCAAUGACUGCAUGCCCAGCAUCGACGAGAUCGACGCGGACGUGAACUCAAUUGAAAACGCGCGCUCGGGUGACGAAACCAUCCGUGCGUUCAAGUCCAUCGGGUACAAGAAGGACUUGGGGCCGGGUGUGUACGACAUCCACUCCCCCGUCGUGCCCCCCAAGCAAGAAAUCGUCGACAAGUUGCACAGCUUCCUCGCGUUGCUUCCUGCGACCCAGCUGGUCGUGAACCCCGAUUGCGGCCUCAAGACCCGCCGCUGGCCGGAAACGAUCGCCGCCUUGAAGAACAUGGUCGAAGCCACGGCUGAAGUGCGCGCCGCCUUGCAGUAAGCGCAUGGUAGUUUGGUCCUUGUCGAUCCAUCGAGCGGUCCGCAAGACAAUGCCGCCAACCUCUGCGAUGCCAUGCACAACCAACCUAGUUAGUUGUACAUGAUUUGUCCCUUUGCUUGGUGCAGACUACAACAUAAUGUCAUUACACUUACAUUUUUU